GCUCGAACAGCAUCCUUACAGAGCGUUUUACCGCCAAGGGUUCAAGGCACAAAACAUUUUUCGCUCGGUUUCUAGAGAGAACUUUCGAUUCAGAAGAGAGAGAGCGAUAGAGAAAUGGCUUCAACUGGUGGUUCCACUGGGAGGGGAAAAGCUCGCGCUAAGGGGGUUUCAAAGUCGAUGAAGGCAGGCCUUCAGUUUCCCGUGAGCAGGGUGGCUCGUAAUCUGAGGCGAGGGCGUUAUUCUCAGAGGAUCGGUGGUGGUGCCCCUGUUUUCCUCGCUGCUGUUAUUGAGUAUCUUGCUGCUGAGGUGUUGGAAUUAGCGGGAAAUGCGGCACGUGACAACAAGAGGAGCAGGAUCAUACCACGGCACGUGCAACUGGCCGUGAGGAACGACGAGGAAUUGGGGAAAUUGUUGGGUCGCGUCACCAUCGCUGGCGGUGGCGUUUUGCCCAACAUCAAUCAAAUCCUUCUCCCUAAGAAGAACGCUAAAACCAAGGCCGAGGCCGGCACUCAGUCUCAGGAGUUUUAAUUGAUUCAGCUCUGCCUCCCCUAUGUACAUAUUCUACUGAUCUUCAGAGAGAGAGAAAGAGAGAGAUGAUUUUGGUGAAUUAAUGGGGGAAAGUUUGGGAUGAAAGUGUGUCUUGUUUUUGGUUUUGGGUGUAAUGGAAAGGAAUAGUUUUGAUGUACAAUUAUUCUGUUUCAUUCUUGCGUUUGCUUUU